UUACGGAACGCGGAACUUGUCCGUAAAGAAGAGGCUUUAUAUUUAUGUUUCUUUACGCAAGAGUUAAAGAUGCGUAAAUUUGUGAUUUCAUGCCGUGAAUGAAACCACUAUGUGCGACACUUUUUCCGCCUCGGAUGUGAAAAGCCAUCUGGUUCUGUCGAAUUGGGAUAUACCAGGAGUAAGUGCUAAAUGGCAAAUGAUGGUUUUAUUUUCUCCAUCAGACAAGAUGACCCAAGAUGUCCGAUAGACGGCGGAUCAAUUUCAGGAAAACAAUCUUUUAGGGUUAAAUGCUGUGAGAGAGAAGUUCUUAAUCUCCAGUGUUUCUGCCGAUUUAAUAACAAAGGAUGCGAGUGGAAAGGGGAGCUCAGACAUCUAAAGGCACACGAAGAUAGCUGUCAGUACGGUUUUGUAAAAUGUCAAGCGUGCGGUGAAACUGUGGAGAGAAGACAGCUCACGGCGCACAGGGAGCAAGAUUGUACCAACAGGGCAGUGGCGUGUACUUACUGUGGUGGUGAAGCUCGGCAUAGCUAUAUGAAGGUUCACAAGUAUCUUCAUAAGUAA